AUGAGUCAAACUAACAAACAAAAUGAUAAUAAAAAGAAUAAGAUUACAAGAGAAAGUUUAUUAGAUGACCAAUUUUCAGAAAAUCCAUCAAGUAAAUUCGUUUUAAAUAAGGAAGAAAAAAAGGAAGAAGAAAUAAACCCAAAUAUUUCACAACAGAAAGUUAAUAAAAAAAAACCACUUAUUGAUAGAAGUUUAAUAGGCCAAUUUUCUGUCGAAAAAUAUAAAUCAUUUUUAUCGAAAAUUGAAAAAUCCAAUGAAGAUAUAAAAAAUAAGGAUGCAGAAAGUGUUAGAAUUGAUAAAGAUAUACUUGACUCAGAAUGUUAUAAUAAUAAUAAUAAUAAUAAUGAAUCUUGCGUACUUAUGGAUGUUUCCGUUGGCAUAUAUGAUGUAUGUAAUGAAAAUAUAAGUGAUGAUAAAUUGAGAGAUAUGAAUAUAACAAUAGCUGAAGUGAAAAAUCAAGAUGAAGAUGAACAAGAUGGAAAAGACCUAAUCCAAGAAAUUUAA